AUGCGUUAUUAUAUAAAUUUCAAUUAUAAAGACAUUUUCCCCAAAUGUAUAACACAUUAUGACAAUGCCACAAGUGAAAGCAUAGGUAAUGUCAAUAUUAAUAUUAAAAAUGCGUGUGAACUGAUAAUACAUAUGUUAGAAGUUAAACAUGAAAAGAAGAAAUUAUUUUUAGAUGAAUGCAUAGUACUUAGUUAUUUUUUAAAAGUCAUAAAUUCUAGAAAUAAUGAAAAAGAAAUAGGUUGUAAUUAUUUCAACUACAAGCUUAAACAGCUAUUGAGGCAGUGUAAAUUUAAGCAUGAGAACACAAAAACUGCAUAUGAUGAAAUGAAUAAAGCUUAUGGUCAACAUUAUUCAGCUAUUCAUAAUAUUUGUACUGAUCUUAAAAAUCUUGAUGAAGAUACCUUUUUAAAUUUAUAUUUUUUGGAGUGGUUGUAUUAUUUUCUUCAAGUAUACGAAGAAGAAAAGGGUGGUACUUCUAGAUGCCCAAUGAAAAUGCUUGAUUAUAAUAAAUAUUUAAUCUUUCUCUCAGAAUGUGAUCAAACUCUUAAUAAGAGUUUCUGUGAAAUUAUCAAAGAACUGCAAACACAAAAAAGUGAUUAUAUAAAUUUUAUAUCUAAAUGUCUAGAAGAUGCUAAACUCUCAGCUAUAACCACUGAAACAAAUACGGUUCGGGUUGCUGUAGCGACUUUUAUUGUAUUAUUUACAAUAUUAAUAAUUUUAUUUAUUUUUUAUAGAUUUACUUUUUUAGGAUUAUGUCUUCAACGAAAAUUAUGGAGGAUUAGAAGUCACUUGAAUUAUGAAAAUAAAGACAAUUACAUAUUAAAUGAUAUCUUUGAAUUGGAAUACAAACGCUCAAUUCAGGAUGAAUACAAAGUAGAAUACUCCUCAGUAGGCUAUUAA